UCACUCGGUGGGCGGUGCUAACAGAUCACGUGACAAAGGUCGCAGCGGAAAUGUGGCUGUACACAUCUACACUGUUGUUAGGUCUGUUAGGAAGCAGAGGAGUAGUGAGAAGCAUGUGCGCUCAGGUGGGAGAUUGGCAGUCUGCCAAGUCCAUCUACGAAUUCUCUGCCAAUGAUAUUGAUGGCAAUGAGGAGUCUCUUGAAAAAUACAGAGGACACGUUUGCAUCAUUGUAAAUGUUGCCUCUAAAUGAGGAAAGACCAAGGUAAACUACACUCAGCUAGCUGAAAUGCACGUCCGCUACGCUGAGAAAGGUUUACGCAUCAUGGGCUUCCCCUGCAACCAGUUUGGAGGACAGGAGCCAGGGACUGACGCAGAUAUUAACGAGUUUGCCAAAGGUUACAAUGCCGAGUUUGUCCUCUUCAGUAAGAUUGAGGUGAAUGGAGACAAGGCUCACCCUCUUUGGAAGUGGAUGAAGGCACAGCCAAAAGGCAAGGGAACCCUGGGAAAUAACAUCAAAUGGAAUUUCACAAAGUUUCUGAUAAACAAAGAAGGACAAGUGGUGAAGAGAUACGGGCCGACAGAUGAUCCCAGCGUGGUGGAGAAGGACCUGCCAACGUACAUGUAAUACUACUGUCUCCUCUUUGUUUGUUUGACUCCUGACCUCUCCCAUGGUCUUUGGGGUAUUGGUGUGUGUGUGUGUGUCUGGACCAGUGACGGCCUGUCUGUAAACCCAACAUUGGGGAGGGCAGGCCUGAUGAUCAAAAACGUGCAACUAACCCCCAGAACACACCCCCACCAGACCCAGAGGACCAUAUGAAAGGACAUUCACUAGCUUUGCAAAAUAGAGACCCUUCACAUCUUGCUCCAUAUUCAGCCAUUCCCUUUUCCAAUACAAACACCCACUAGUCCUUUGUCAAUGUUAAGUUACAAGUAUUGCCUGUGUGUCAAUGUCAGUUUUAUGUCAGGACAACAGACGCCAUGUGUUUACACAACUCUCUGGAAAGCUACUGAUAUUAUUUGCACUUAACUUGCCGAAGGGCCCGUUAUUGUAUAUGUGACUCAUGACUAAUUAUGUGAUGAAGCUGGAAAAUAAAUGCUGUUCAGGACAUGAAUGCUUACCUGAUUACCUAC